CGUGAUGCAGUCGAUGAGCCCACCGCGCUAAAACAAAUGGGAGCUGUUAGCUAAGAGAAGUCACCAUGAGUUUAUGGGUGGACAAAUACAGGCCCAGGUCUUUCAGCAGUUUGGACUACCAUAAGGAACAAGCCAGCAGACUCAAGAAGCUGGUCCAGAGUAAUGACUUCCCCCAUCUCCUGGUGUACGGGCCCUCGGGAGCAGGGAAGAAGACUCGAAUCAUGUGUCUCCUCAGAGAGCUAUACGGCAGUGGAGCAGAGAAGCUGCGCAUUGAUCACAUGACUUUUACUACGCCCUCUAAAAAGAAGGUGGAGAUAUCUUCGAUUUCUAGUAACUAUCACAUUGAGCUGAACCCAAGUGAUGCAGGGAUCCAUGAUCGAGUGGUGAUACAAGAGCUUCUGAAGGAAACGGCUCAGAGUCAGAGUCUGGAGUCUGUGCAGAAAGAUUUCAAAGUGGUGGUACUGACUGAGGUGGACCAGCUGACAAAGGGUGCACAGCACGCCCUGCGCAGGACCAUGGAGAAGUACAUGGCAACAUGCAGACUGAUUCUCUGCUGCAACUCUACCAGUAAAGUCAUUCCUGCCAUCAAGAGUCGCUGCUUGGGCCUGCGAGUCGCCGCUCCCACCAAUGACCAAUUGUGUGCGGUGUUGCAGCAGACGUGCAAGAGGAGGGACUGAGUCUUCCUCCCGAGUUCGCCAGGAGAAUCGCCGAAAAGUCUUCGCGAAACACCAGACGUGCUCUACUGCUGUGUGAAGCAUGCAGAGUCCAGCAGUAUCCGUUCUCAGAGGACCAGGCCAUCCCCGACUGUGACUGGGAGGUGUUCCUGAGAGAGACUGCCGCCAUGAUCGUGGAACAGCAGUCACCUCAGAGGCUAUUGGAAGUACGUUCUAGGAUCUAUGAACUGAUAACUCACUGCAUUCCUCCUGUUAUCAUCAUGAAGGGGUUGCUGUCAGAGCUGGUGGUCAACUGUGACGGAGAGCUAAAGGCCGAGGUAACUCAGAUGGCGGCUUACUACGAGCACCGGCUCCAGCUGGGCAGUAAACCAAUCUUCCACAUCGAGGCCUUUAUUGCCAAGUUCAUGAGCAUUUACAAGAGAUUCCUUGAGGAGGGGCUAGCAUGCCUCCUAUAACUGUGCCAUCUUUGAGAUAUAUACUCUGUGCGUUGGUGGUAAAAUACAAUGUAUAUUCUGUGUGCACAUUAAGGACUCUGGAAUAUCCAAUAUAGCAUGUAAUUUUCUGUUUGGAUAUAUGUGUACAGGAAAACAACGUAGUGGGAAGCUUGAUAGAG